CAGGAAUUCUAAAAGCUCUGUAGGAGGUUACCAGGCAAAGCACGGCAAAGAGGUGGUUUCCAGAUGGUUGUUUAUCGAAUAUGAUCAAAAUCAAGUGUGAGGAACUGGGAGAGGUGUCCAUGGAGAUCAUCAAAUUAUGAGCAGCGGCAGCCGGCGGUCGGGCGGUGAAGAGCCUCGGGCGCGGCCUCGCCUCCCCGGCCCGGCGCCCGCAUCAGCACCGCGGAUAGCACAGCGGCGGUCGCCUGUACCUAGGCGCCCUCCGGCCCGCCAACUAGCCGGGCCCGCGGCGUCCGCAUCAGCACCGCGGACAGUGCCCCGGGCCCCAUCUCGCCGCGGCCAGCCCACCUGCUCCCCGAGUCAGCACCGCGGACAGCCCCCUUUCACCAGCCUCACAGCAGGCUCGGAGCGGUCAGCGCCCCUGGAACAUGGCCACUGAGGUCCAUAAUCUGCAGGAGCUGCGGCGAAGUGCCUCACUGGCCACCAAGGUCUUUAUCCAGAGAGACUACAGCGAUGGGACAAUCUGUCAGUUCCAGACCAAAUUCCCCCCAGAGCUGGACAGCCGGAUUGAGCGGCAGCUCUUUGAGGAGACCGUGAAGACGCUCAACAGCUUCUACGCAGAGGCCGAGAAGAUCGGGGGCAGCUCCUACCUUGAAGGCUGCCUGGCCUGUGCCACGGCUUACUUCAUCUUCCUCUGCAUGGAGACCCACUACGAGAAGGUUCUCAAGAAGAUCUCCCGCUACAUCCAGGAGCAGAACGAGAAGAUCUUUGCUCCUCGAGGUCUCCUGCUCACUGACCCCGUGGAGCGCGGGAUGAGGGUUGUAUCCUUCCUGGCU